AUGGAGGCCACCUACCGCCGCCGCCUGGCGCUCGUCGCCUAUCUCGCCGGCGCCCUGCUCGCGGCGGCCGCGGCCGCCUCCGCGCUGUCCGACGCCGAGGCCUCCGCCAUCGCGCGGCGGCAGCUUCUGGCCCUCCGCGAGGGCGACGGCGACCUCCCCGACGACUUCGAGUUCGAGAUCCGCGUCGACGUCACCUUCGCCAACGACCGGCUCCGCCGCGCGUACGCGGCGCUCCAGGCCUGGCGCCGCGCCAUCUACUCCGACCCCCGGAACUUCACCGGCGGCUGGGUCGGCGCCGACGUGUGCUCCUACUUCGGCGUCACAUGCGCUCCGGCUCUCGACGACAACGCCACUACCGUCGUCGCGGGCGUCGACCUCAACGGCGGCGACAUCGCGGGGUACCUCCCCGCCGAGCUCGGCCUCCUGACCGACCUCGCCUUCUUCCACAUCAACUCCAACCGCUUCUGCGGAGUCAUCCCCAAGAGCUUCAGCCGCCUCGCACUCCUCCACGAGCUCGACGUCAGCAACAACCGCUUCGUCGGCGGCUUCCCCCACGUCGUGCUCGAGAUCCCCGUGCUCAAGUACCUCGACCUCCGGUACAACGACUUCGACGGUGAGCUCCCGCCGCAGCUCUUCGAGAAGGACCUCGACGCCAUCUUCGUCAACAGCAACCGCUUCGUCGGCGUCAUCCCGGAGAACUUCGGCAACUCGACGGCCUCGGUGGUCGUGCUCGCUGACAACGCCUUCGUCGGAUGCAUCCCUCGUAGCGUCGGCCGAAUGGUCGGCACACUCGACGAGCUCGUGCUGCUCGACAACCGCCUUGAUGGCUGCAUCCCGCCGGAGCUCGCCGAGCUCGUCAACACCACGGUAGUCGACGUCAGCGGAAAUGAGCUAGUCGGAACGCUGCCGGAGGGGAUGGUCAACAUGACCGGGCUGCAGCAGCUCGCCGUUUCGAGGAACAGGCUCGCCGGCGGCGUGCUGGAGCGCGUCUGUGAGCUCCCGGCGCUCUCCAACUUCAGCUUCGCGCACAACUUCUUCAGCGUCGAGCCAGCGGCGUGCGUGCCGGCGGCGAACAAGCUCGUGGCACUCGACGACGCCGGCAACUGCCUCGGCGGCGGGCGCCCUGAGCAGAAGCCGGCGCCGGAGUGCGCGCCCGUGCUUGCUCACCCCGUCGACUGCCGCAAGAACGCAUGCUCGGCGGGGCCAUCUUACACGCCGUCGCCGAAGAAGCACGCGCCCGCGCCGCCGACGCCUGUGCCGCCCACACCUGUGGCCAAGCCACAAACGCCGCCUAACCCACCGGCUCCCAUCAGUUCGCCACCAGUAAUGCCGGCACCGGCACCGGCACCAGUACCACCACCGGUGAAAUCGUCUCCUCCACCAGUUCCAGUGAGCUCGCCUCCACCACCGGCUCCGGUGAGCUCGCCACCACCACCAGUGAAGUCGCCUCCUCCACUGGCUCCGGUGAGCUCACCUUCCCCACCUGUGAAAUCGCCUCCGCCACCGGCUCCAGUGAGCUCGCCACCACCACCAGUGAAGUCACCUCCACCUUCGGCGCCUGUGAGUUCACCACCUCCACAAGUGAAAUCCCCUCCACCACCGGCUCCGGUGAGCUCGCCACCACCACCAGUAAAGUCACCUCCACCUCCGGCACCGGUUAGCUCACCGCCACCACCAGUGAAGUCCCCUCCACCACCAGCUCCGGUGAGCUCGCCACCACCACCGGUCAAAUCUCCUCCACCUCCAGCACCAGUUAGUUCACCACCGCCACCUGUGAAAUCCCCUCCACCACCGGCUCCGGUGAACUCGCCACCACCACCAGUCAAAUCUCCUCCACCUCCAGCACCAGUGAGCUCGCCUCCACCGCCGGUGAAAUCCCCACCUCCUCCAGCUCCGGUAAGCUCACCACCACCACCUGUAAAAUCACCUCCCCCACCGACUCCAGUGAGCUCACCUCCGCCUCCUGUAAAAUCACCUCCCCCACCGACUCCAGUGAGCUCACCUCCGCCUCCUGUAAAAUCACCUCCCCCACCGGCUCCAGUGAGCUCACCGCCACCGCCCGUAAAAUCACCUCCCCCGCCAACUCCGAUGAGCUCACCGCCGCCACCUGCAAAAUCCCUGCCACCACCGACACCGGUGACUUCUCCACCUCCACCAAACAAAUCACCACCCCCACCAGCUCCGGUAAGCUCACCGCCUCCCCCGGUGAAGUCUCCUCCACCACCUGCACCGGUCAGCUCACCACCCCCACCGGUCAUCUCUCCACCCCCGCCGGUCCCCAUGAGCUCACCACCUCCACCGGUAGUACCAUCACCACCGCCUCCACCAGCACUAGAAGAUGUAAUCCUGCCACCGAUCUUGGCGCAGAAGUACGCUUCGCCGCCACCGCCUCAGUUCCAAGGGUACUAAGCAGUGAUUACAGCAUGCUCUAACUAUACACUGACACUGAGAGAUGAUCAUGAUGACGGGAGGUGCAAUGAUCGGCUGAUCAUAGUAGAAUGGGUACCUGCGUGCGUGCGUGGAUAUGUGAAUAUUGAGUAUAGGUGGCGUACGCAUGUACCAACGUGUGCACAUGUAAGUUGACUGGAGAAGAGGAAGAAUGUGCAAAAGCAGAGGGGAACUAUGGUCGCAUCACGACGCAUUGUAAGAAGUUUUUGGGAUUCUUAUGCAGAAUGUGAGGGGCGGGUGUUUUUCUA